UUCACCGCAAGGGUGCGCUAAAGCUAAGUCCAAAUUUUUUCUAAGUCCCUUGAUGGCAUUUCUGUCAAUUUGUUUAAAAAAAGAAAAAUUAGGUCACGGAUUUACUUUCUUUAUCUGGUUAUAAUGACAAGUUUAUAGUGAUUGUUUGAUUCAUUGACUUCUGCAAUGAAAGAAUUUUUUACACAUUGCAGAGCAAUUGCCAAGUUUAUACUUGUCAAUGAGGAAAAUGUUGUUGCGGAAGGUUGCGGUCAUCAUUAACGUAUAAAUCAUUCUUCACAAUACAUAAAAAUAAUAUGCUUUGGAAUCUUAAUUUUUAAUAAUACUUCUCAAUUCGUUAAUAACAAAUUAACGUGCGUGAAAAUGUAAGUGUCGCGAUAGUGUUGGACAGGAAACGCGUUUUUCUGACGAUCACAAUUUAUUGAGUCUUAUUUUUUUGGGUAUGAAUGGACAAGUGCAAUCUACACGAGAUAGGUUAGGUGGAUUUAGCAGCAGUAGUACAACUUGGUUCACGAGUCUCGUACCAAGCGAUCAUGUGUCAAAUGUUCAGCAAAUCAUACCGAUCACCAAGAGUGAAAUCUCUUUGGAUGAUUCGACUGCUUCUUCUGAAGCUGACAGCAAAGUGAAAACCAAACUUCUCUCCAUGUGGUACAAUGUUAAAUACGGAUGGACCGUAAAGAUGAAAACAAAUUUCUCCAAAGAAUCGCCUGUGUGGUUAUUGGGUUCUUGUUAUCAUAAAAAAGCAGUGGAGUUAUUGGAAAAAGCAUCCGAGGCUGUUGACGUGGAGACUGGCAGUGAAAUUUCCUUGGCAAUCGACGCGGCUAAUUAUGAGGAAGGAAUUGAUGGAUUCAAGAGGGAUUUUAUAUCUCGUAUCUGGUUGACAUAUAGACGAGAAUUUCCCAUUUUAAAUGGUUCCACAUUUACUUCCGACUGUGGAUGGGGAUGUAUGUUGAGGAGUGGACAAAUGAUUUUAGCUCAGGGAUUAGUUUGUCAUUUUCUUGGCAGAGAUUGGCGAUGGCAACCGGAACAUCGGCUAUUGACAAAAGAGGAAAGAGAAGAAGACUCGAAGCAUCGAAUGAUUGUCAAAUAUUUUGGCGAUCAGGCUGGACCGGAAUCUCCGUUUUCGAUUCAUACUCUUGUGUCGUUAGGUGCCUCGACUGGGAAAAGAGCCGGCGAUUGGUAUGGACCAGUGUCUGUUGCACAUAUUCUGAGCCAAGCUGUUAAAUCGGCAGCGACGACUCAUAGUGAAUUUAAAAAUUUAGCGGUUUAUGUCGCUCAGGAUUGUUCAGUUUAUCUGGAUGAUGUGAGACAGUUGUGUCAAAAAUCCGAUGGCAAAUGGAAAUCACUCAUUCUCCUCGUGCCUUUGAGAUUGGGCAUUGAUAAAUUGAAUCUUAGUUACGUACCUUGUCUCACGGCUUUACUUAGUUUAGAAUAUUGUAUUGGAAUUAUUGGCGGUCGUCCCCGUCAUUCGCUCUAUUUUAUCGGCUAUCAGGAGGAUAAAUUAAUUCACCUUGAUCCGCACUAUUGUCAGGAAACUGUUGACAUGUGGAAACAGGACUUUUCACUCUCUAGUUUUCACUGUACGUCGCCUAGGAAAAUGCUCGUUUCAAAAAUGGAUCCCAGCUGUUGCGUUGGAUUUUACUUAAGUGAUAAAUCAACAUUCGAACAUUUCGUGAAAAUGGUCGAACCGUUUCUCGUUCCAUUGAGUCAAAAGGACGAAUAUCCAAUGUUUUUGUUCUGCAAUGGAAAUGGAACGGACGUUCAAUCGAAUUUGGACGACGAAAAGAGACAUUUUUCAUCGUCAAUGUCAGCGAAUGAUCGCGAAAUGAACGAGGAUAAUACACACUGUGAAUGUGAAGAGUAUGAAGUUUUAUAGGAAAAAAUGAAGAGAAUUGAAAAGCGUUUUGUACUUAAAUUGGAAAUCGAUUGGAUUUCUCAAAAGGAAAGACCCCCAAAUUUUGGUUGGUUUAAUUUCUGUAAAAGGUAUGGAUAUAUAUAUUUUUUUUUGUUUUUUUGUUUAAUAAUGGAAAGGUUGCUCAAUCGUUACUUACAGUAUGAAAAAUGUCGAUAGAAAAAAAAUAAUAAUAGCUUUAAAAUUUUCACGAAAAUAUUUCGGAUAAUUUUCACUUAAAUGUUGGUACGUUAAUAACACAUGAUUCCCGCAAUAAUUUUUUGCUUUAAAAACUUGAGAUUUUAUUCACUCAUUUAAUGAGAGAAUUGAGAGAAUUUGUAAUUUUUAGUUUAUUCGAAUUUUUUUCAAGAGAAUUAACGUCCGUAGUUUAUUAAAAUUAUUUUUAAUUUGCUUGGACUAUUUUUUCUCUUUUUUUCAUGAUCUCAAAAUCUUAUCGCGUAAUGACACACGGAAUAAAAUUCUUUUUUCCUGUUGAAAAAUAAUUUCUUUGAUUGUAGUUCAGCUGAAAAAAUUUAUAAUUGAAACGAUAAACGAAAAGUCAAAGCAAAUAAUUUUACUCGUUUCAUGGGAAAAAUAAAAAAAUUGAAUCAAGAAUGUAUUAUCAGAAACUAAUUGUGAUUUUUUUAUAUAAAAUUUUUUUUUUUAAAUAAGCUUAAUUGUUUCUUUUUUUGUUAAUAUUUUGCAAAAAAAUUCUUUUUUACUACAUAUAAUUCGUAUAAUUUAGAAUAAUUAAAACUGAUUCAAAUGAGGAGUAUUCAAUUUGUUUUUCGAAUUCUUUACAAACGAACAAAAUUUCUUUGUAGAUUUUUUUUCGUGUGUUUUUUUUAAAAAAGAAAACUCAAUUUUUAAUUCCCAAUGAACUGUUUUUGCAUUGCAGUAUAAUAUCAGGAUAUAAGUACGCGUGCAAUUGUGGCUAUGAUUAUAAAAAUAAUCCUUUAAAUUAAGUACUUAGAAAACCUUUAUUUCUAUAUUUUAUUUUAAGUUAUUUAUUUAUUAACGAUAACUAUUAUUUUUUAUUUGUUUAAUAAUUUCGCCCCGUUAUUGAGAGAAGUUAAAUGAAUAGAUAAAAGAAAACGACAACAAACUUCAUUGUGUGUUGUAAUGUUUGAAAAUAAUAAAAAUUUCGUCCUAUGAGAGUAACGAGCUUUCUACUAAAAAUAAUAUUGUAUUUUUUUCCCAAAAAAAAAGAAAAAUUCUUGUAAUCAUUGAAGAAGAAAAAAUCUUUGUAAAAAGACAAUGUUGCGCGUAAUAUUAGAAAAAAUAUUUUAUUGGAACCACAGUUUCUGAGUAUAUCACAAUAAAAUUUCUUUUAUGAAAGACA